CGACUCGUUGCACCCCGACGUCGACAAAAUGGCAGACCACGGACACUCGCACGACCACGGCGGACAUACACAUGGCGGACAACCAUGCCAGGGCCACGGACACGGGCCCCAACCACAGCCAGCCUUCCCUCCCGUCGACCCUACGGCGCAAGCGCUCAUUGACAACGACUUUGUUCCUGUCCCGCUUUCUCUCGAGCAAGAUGCAACCGUUGCUGUAUGUUCUGCGCAUAAACAGGAGAAAUGCGAACCUUGCAAUGUCGAUUUUGUGAAUAUGAAUCGAUUGUCUAGGGUGCUGGCGUCCAAUCCUCAGCUGUUGUGUCCACCACCGAGUAAUGUGGUGAACCAGAAGCUGUCGCAGAUGGUCACUGCUGCCAAAGAUGAGGGCAAUGUCCUCUUCAAGUCCGGACAGCAUGCACAAGCACUUACUCGAUACACUGCUGCUGCCUCGCUCGCAACGCAACGUGCGCCCUGGGAGAACAACCAGAUCCUACGCGAGGAGCUCACGCCUGUGAUGUCCAACCGCUCUGCUGCGUACUACGAUUUGGGAGACUACAUUUCUGCGUUGGCGGAUGCGGAAGCUGUGAUUCAGAUCCGCAAGAAUUGGCCUAAAGGACACUUUAGAAAAGCGAAAGCGUUGUUGGGUUUGCAGAAGCUGAAGGAGGCGGCUGAUGCUGUCAAGUUGGGGCUGAGUUAUGAACCUAACAACCAGGAAUUGGUGACGUUCUUGGCGGAUAUUGAGAGACAGCAGCAAAAGUUGGAGGAGAAGAGGUUGGCGGCUGGACGCGGAGGGUCCAAAGAGGAUCUUCCGCCUGAUACCCCCGUGACGCCUUCUGCGUAAUCCUGUUAGACUCAUUUUUUUGUAUUCUCUUUCCUGGAUUGUAAUUUAUUGUAUAUGGCUUUCGAGAGUG